AUGUCCUUGGAUAACAAGAGUUGCGUUCCUUCCUACUCCGCUCUAGGUGGGAGUGAUGGAAACCAGAGCAGUGCGCCUUGCUUCAUGUCUUCGGACUACAGCUGGCGGCAGACCGACUCGGCCGUGUACCUCUCGCUGCCGCUGCGGGGCGUGCGGGCCACCCCGGCCAACAUCUUCUGCACCGACCAGUACCUGAAGGUAAGCAUCCCACCCUUUUUAUUUGAAGCUGUUUUAUAUGCUCCUAUUGAUGACACAAAUAGCACAGCAAAGAUUGGAAAUGGAAUCAUUCUCUUCACUUUGUACAAAAAAGAAAUGGCUAUGUGGGAUUCACUAAUGAUCGAAAAUGCUAACAAGGAGAAACUGCAAUAUCUAAGAGAGAAUGCCGUUCUAAAAGCCCAUGAAAAGGCAAAAGAGGAGGCAGAAGCAAAAAAAGUUACAAAACAGGAACACAAAAAAUACGCUUUGGAGGCCACAAUGAAGCUAGAAGCAGCAGAAAGAAAAAGAGUUGAAGAUCUGAAAGAACAGGAGCGGCAAAAGGUCACUAGGGAAUUGGAGUUAUGGAAAAAUCAGCAAAAAGAUAUUGAGAGACAAAAGAGGAUACAAGGAGAAGAGGAACUGCAUCAAGCAGUAGAACAAUUACGGGAAAGGAAAAAGGACAAAAUAAACAAACCUAGGAUUCCUAAUGACAGAAGUUCUAAGACCAGAGUCAAACCUACUAAAGGUCCUGGUUCCGAUAGUAUGUUUUCAGAUAAUUUAAAGGAAGAACAGUUACCAGCGCCUCGAUCUGCUGGUACAAUUAAAAUCAACUUUACAUCGCGGGUUUUUCCUACAGCUCUACGUGAAUCUCGGGUAGCAGAAGAGGAAGAGUGGCUACAUAAACAAGCAGAAGCUCGAAGAACAAUAAAUGCUGAUUUAUCUGAGCUGGAAGAUUUAAAGGAAGAGGAAAAGAGUCCAGAUUGGUUAAAGGACAAAGGAAACAAAAUGUUUGCAACAGGAGAUUAUCUGGCAGCUGUAAAUGCAUAUAACCUUGCAGUCCGGCUAAACAAUAAGCUUCCAGUGCUGUAUCUGAAUCGUGCUGCUUGCCACCUUAAACUGAGAAAUUUACACAAAGCCAUUGAAGAUUCUUCUAAGGCGCUGGAAUUGCUGACACCACCUGUUCCUGAUAAUGAGAAUGCUCGAGUGAAAGCAUAUGUGAGACGUGGAACAGCGUUUUGUCAACUGGAAUUAUAUGCUGAAGGUCUCCAGGAUUAUGAAGCAGCUCUCAAGAUUGAUCCUAAAAAUAAAAUCAUAGAAAAAGAUGCUGAAAAGAUUCGACACAUAAUUCAAGGAACAUUGCAAGACUCAUAAAAAAGAAAAAAAAAAAAAAAGGGAAUUCUGAGGAGAAGGAAUUUUGGUUCAUAUCUGCCCAAUACCUGUUAACUAGACAUUUUGCUGUUACACUCAGAACAGCUACAAAAUUGAUUGAUUUAUACACAUACAUACAUACAUACAUACAUAAAAUAUAUAUAGUCCAAAACAUAUUUGUUUAAAAGUCUCUCAGACUUGGGUGUUGUAAAAUUUGGUAUUUUAUAAACAGUCUGAAUUGUUAUGCCUGUUUAGCACUCAUAAUUCCUACAGAAGACUGAAAGCCCUUCUCUUUUUUUUCCAUACGCUUUCCUCUUUUUCUUACAGUUUGUACCGUUUGGCACGUCUGAAACUAAAACAUUGUAUUUAGGUGUUGUAAUUCAGGCACCCAAUUUGGAAAAUCUAGGCCUGGGAGGUUAGAGGUAGAUGUUAUGCAGUGCAGAACAUUCUUUUUAGCAGUAAGUAAUGUCCGUUAAAUAUUUACGGUCUAUUUUGAAAGAUUUUGGGGGGGAGCUGACCAAACAAGAUUAUUGGAAAAAAUACAAAUCCAUAGUGUUGGAUUGCAGUGUAAUGGUAAAUUAAUACUGAGGUAAUUGUCCUGUCAAUGAACGUGGCUUACUUUUUUUCCCCUCUCAGUACAAUUAGUAAUCUUACAAUGUAGCUGUAAAGUGUAUUUUAAAUCAAAAACAUUGGUAACAAUAUACGUGUAUAUAUAUAUUUCUUGAGUUAGUAUUCUAAUUUGUACUCUGUUGGCAUUGACCAGUGUCUUAGGAAAAGUGAUGUGAUUAAAAGUUUUCAAAAAGGAGCACCCUGAUCAGGUUUCAUAACACUUGUAACAACAUGAAGCAUGAUAUUGUGUUUUGAAGUAAUGCACCUGUUAUUUUGGGUAGUGAAAGAAUGUAAUAUAGAAUUGUCUUGUUUAUACAUACAUUAGUAUUUUUAUUUAUUUAUGACAACCUGAAACACUGGGCUUUAAGCAGUUUUGUUAUGCUAUGCAUUUUAUCCAAAUUGUGAGUAUUUCAAAGACACUCUUUUCAGUAGCAGUUUUGGCAGACUUCAGAAUUUUCCACUUCAACUUGUUUCCUGAAUACCGUUUAUGACUCUCAGGUUUCUGUUUAGAAGAAAAUAUUUAUUCUGCAGACACAUGCUUCUUAUGUUACCCUCCACAAUUUUUAUACUUUUGGUACAGUGAGAAGGUUGCAGAUGCUGCCUCCAGCUACUUUCCCUAGAGCCUUAAGAGAAGUGCUGAGGUGAGUCAGAAGUGGGUAGGAUAGCUGCUGUUCCUUCUUUUCUACAGAUACCUCCUGCAUUGUGAUGGAAAGCGGUAACAGUUCUUCAUUUGUUGCAGUUGGAAGGGGAGCAGUGCAGGAGCUGUAAUGCUUCAGUUGAAUGUAAUGCUAUGCUUACUAAAAUAUGGCUACUUUCUUCCAUACAACUAUUGAAGGGAAGAGGAGGCUAAGGACAGAGACACAGGAGAUGAGAAAAUGCAAAGAAGCAGAAGCUGCUUAUAGGUUCCUGAUUCUCUCUUUUGGUUGCAGAGCCUGUCAGAAUAAUCUGUAUACAUCUAUAUAGGCGAUUUAUAUUGUAGCCAUUGGUUACGGCCCCUAAAGACUAUUUUGGAUGUAGAUAAGCACUUUUCUCUACGGCCUCUUUCUUUCCUUGGCCUAUGCUUUCGGAGGAAAAGCAAACUGGAAUUGGUUAAAAUGGCUCCAGGCUUCAAUGGGCACUCUCUUGUUCAAGGAGAUCUUUUAGCUGGGAGUCAUGUGCAUGAUUCCUAUUUGCUUUACCACACCAUUCAGUAUAAAGUGAGUGGAACAGGAAAGAAAAUCUGCUCCAAAGUAUUAUGAUACUUUUAAAACUGUAAUACAGUGCUGGAUAUAAUGGAGUUUGAUAGUUAAUUUUCAGCUGUUAAUUUGGAAUUGGCAGUUAUGAAAUAGAAAACGUCCUCUUUUAAGGUCAGAGAAGCUAAUGUGUUUGCUGGGAUGAAUAAUGCCUACCUGUCUCAUUUGAUUAUAUUGGGAGCAAUAUAUGCUUCUGACUUCAACACUUUGGUUGAUGGUGUGUAUAGCAUACGUGUGAUGUUGAUAUUUUUGUCUUGCAAUAUAGAAACGUGGAGACUGGCAUAGUGUUUUGAAUCAGAAAAUACUUUAAUUAAAACAAGUAAGCCUUCAGGUCAAUUUCUCUGGCACUUAACACUUUCUAUAAACUAGAGUUAUAGAUUUAUUAUUCUAGUUUCAGGAGUUUUAUUUUUAUGGGUUCAGGUCUGAUUUGGACAAGCGUAUUAUCAAAAGGACUGCAUCCCAUUUGAUACAUCUUACGUGGCUCAACAGAACCAAACUAAAUCAAAAAUUGACAGGUUAGACCCAGAAUGACUGAAAUAAC